GGCGGUCGCCGAUGACCUAUAUAAGGAAGCGCCGGGUGUGGCGCAGCUAGUUCCGUCGAGGCCGGGAGCGGAGUUAGUGUCCUGUGGUGUUAGCUGCUGCUGUCGCGCCGUGACAAUGCAGAUCUUUGUGAAGACCCUGACCGGCAAGACCAUCACCCUCGAGGUGGAGCCCAGCGACACCAUUGAGAAUGUCAAGGCAAAGAUCCAAGACAAGGAAGGCAUCCCUCCUGAUCAGCAGAGGCUGAUCUUUGCCGGGAAGCAGCUGGAAGAUGGACGCACCCUCUCUGACUACAACAUCCAGAAAGAGUCCACCCUGCACUUGGUCCUGCGCUUGAGGGGAGGUGUCUAAGUUUAAGCUUUCAACAAAUUUCAUUGCACUUUUCUUUCAAUAAAGUUGUUGCAUUCCCAAA